UCUCCCCCCCCCUGGCCCGGGGGCAGGGCGCUUGGUGGCCCCUCUCCCCCCACCGGCCGCGCUGGGCGAUGCUGGGGAUAAGAUGUCAUGGCUGUUCCCCUGGUCGAGCUCCAUCAAGAAGCGGGCCUGCCGCUACCUGCUGCAGCACUACCUGGGGCACUUCCUGGAGGAGAGACUCACCCUCCAGCAGCUCAGCCUCGACCUGUACAACGGCAGCGGCCGCCUCCGCGACGUGCAGCUCGACGUGUGGUCGCUGAAUGAGUUGCUAGACUCGCUGGGGGCUCCGCUGGAGAUCACGGACGGUUUCAUCGGCAGCAUCUUGGUGACCAUCCCCUGGUCCGCCCUCAUCACCGACAACUGCACCGUGGAGGUCACUGGCCUGCAGCUGACAUGCCGACCCAAGUACUGCUUCGCCCCAGGGACCGAGUCUCCCAGCUGGUCCUCCUGCAUGACCACCAGCAUGCAGCUCGCCAAGGAAUGUCUGAAGGAGUCGGAGGAGCCCGAGGAGCCCACCCAGCCCCUGGAGGGUCUCGAGAUGUUUGCUCAGACCAUAGAGACAGUGCUGAGGAGGAUAAAGGUGACGUUCCUGGACACCAUUGUGCGGGUGGAACACACGGCCGAUGGCUCUGGUCCUGGUGUGGCCCUGGAGGUGCACAUCAAGAGGCUGGAUUACUGUGACGAGGCGGUGAAGGACUCGGUCGGCAGCUCCAGGAAGGAGCCCAUCCCCAUUGACAUCCACCAGCCGCCGGCCUUCGUGCACAAGGUGCUGCAACUGUCCGGGGUGCUCCUACACUACGAGGAUGUCCCAGAGCAGCGUGUGGACCCCCCAGCCUCGUCCCCCGUACCACAGCAGACGGAGGAGAGCGCCGGCUCCGGCGAGGAAUCGGACCGUGCCCCCGGAGCGAGCAGCGGGACUGCGAAGGGCCGAGCGGCCACCGUGCCUCCGCACCUGGUGCAGAUCGGCAGCUGCACCGGCUGCCUGGAGAUGACGGUGAAACUCAAGCAGAAUGACGCGCUACCGGGACCCAAGUUGGAAGUGGACGGGAAGAUGGGAUCCCUGCACUUGUUCCUCAGCCCCCACCACAUCUCCAACCUGGUCGAUUUUCUCAGCGCCAUCAAUCUCUCGGAGGUGAGCGGGCUGAGGGAGAAGCUGAGCAAGAGCCGGCCCCUGGACCCCGAGGACUUCAAGCUGAUCGAGCAGGACCUCAACAAGCAGCUGCACUCAGGCCGCAGCCUGGCGCGGGCCAAGGCGGAGGAGCUGGACUCACUCGUGGGCCCCGAGACUGCAGCCCCCUCCGACAUGUUCUUCUCCAUGGCCCCCAUGACCAGCAGCGUCACCUCCGUGCAGUCGGGCAGCGAGCUCUCCGACGUGGAUCUGGACGGCUCCAUGUGCAGCGAUCGCAGUGCCUCCCCGCUACAGCCCCCCUCAAUGGGCACAGGGCUUGCGAUGGGCUCCCCCCGCCAGUAUGGCAGCUCCUUCUUCCCCCCCACCCUCCCCAACCUGCAGGGCAUCAACAGGCAGCAAGGCAGGGCGCAGCAGCCCCCCGCCCAUGGAGGGGGUGAAGACGGACGUGCUGCUGAAGCUGAGCCUGGGGGGCCUGACCGCCACUGUACUGCACCUGGAGCCGCUGCCGGGGGGCCCCACGGCGGAGCCUGCACCCAGUGGGGCCAACCUCCACGCUGGGGCCAACCUCCACGCUGGGGCCCCCCUCCACGCUGGGGCCCACCUCCACGCUGGGGCCCCCCUCCACCUGGGGCCACGCUGGGGCCCCCCUCCACGCCACAGCCCGGCACUACUACACGGAGCUGGCCUACUUCAAGGACAGCAUCUUCACCGACAGAGACUUCAGCCACUUGCGGGCCCACUUCGAGAAGGGUGAUCGGCAGUGCGGUGCAGCUGGUGUAUGAGCAGAAGGUGGGCCGAGGCGUGCAGAUGGUGUGUGUGGACGCCUGCUUCGGUGCGCUGGAGAUCCUGGAGUGCCUGCGGUCCCAGCCGGGGCCCACGGACCCUCAAUACACUGAGCUGCUGGUGUUCAAGAAGACCCCCGCGGGGCCCUGUGAGUCUGGUGCCUGCCCCUGUGCACAGAUCCAUUACCGCCAGACCCUGCGGACCGAGACCCGGCGCUGGUCUCUCGGCGUCUCCCAUGGCGUACACCGUGCCUCCAUCUUGGCCGGCGGCGUAAGUCGGCGGCUCCACCGCUGCCGGCCGCGCGCGGUUGUCCCGGCGCCCCUUCGUCUCGUCUCGCGGUGGCUGACGGCGGCGCUGGGCCGUGUGUCCCGUCAGCAGGGAGGCCGCAGGAGGUCGGGCACGAGGCGCAGCGCCGAGCUGGUGGUGGAGCUCCAGGAAGCACAGGCCGACCUCGACGUGGGAUUCCUGGACAGGGCCGACCUGCUGCUCCGGCUCUGGCUGUCGGGAGAGCGGGAAUUCCAGUCGGAGCAGGGAAACCUGUCGGAGCCGACGUUGAUGUCCGGCCUGUCGGGCCUGCGGUGUGAGUCUGUGCCGGCCGCUGGCCAUCUGACGGCGGUGAGAGUCACAGCGCCCAGGGCCCAGCUGCGGCUGCAGUUCCCGGUGCCCGACCUGAGGCCUGAGGGCGAGCGCAGGCCCCGGGGCCCACAAGGCCGUGCGCAGGGAGUGCCUGAGGCUGGAGUGCACGGACCUGGCCUUCCACACCGAGCUGGGGGCGGCCUUGCCCCGGACACAGCCCUGCACCUACACGCUCAGCUUCAGCGACCUGCAUG